UGCACGCUUCCUCUGCUCAGUCCACAGCGCCUUUGCUGGCCAGGAGGUGGUAUUGCGCCGGGACAAAGGGGUAGACUGUGUAUAGCUUUGUAUAGCUAAACCAUUCCAAACAUUAGCUGACACAACUUAAACUUAAGAAGAAGCUUCGGGAUUGAAGGAGACGAGAGCUGUACAGUGAUUGGAUGGAUGGAUGUGUGUUUACACUAUAGAAGUGACCAGAAGAAAUCGAGUGAUUUGGUGUCUAUAUGUGAGAAGGCCCUGGAGGACUUCCCUCGACGUGUUUUGCCGUCAUUUACACCUUGGUUUCCUUCUACUAAUGACAGAAACUGUGCACUUAAACCUAAAAAAUCUCCACCAGUUAUUACAUUAAACCAGCAGGAAUGGUUUGGAAAUGCCCCUCAUCAACCAGAUGUUUUUUCUUCAAAUCGCUGUAUAGAUGAUCAAGAAAAAUGUGUGAACACUAGUAAGAGGAAAUCGAUAUCAUUGCCAGUAAACGUUGACACACACUUCAAGGCAGAUUCUGAAAAUGUGGCAAAGAGAUGUAAACGCACAUGGUGUGUCUUCCCACCAAAAACAAAAACACCUCAAAAAACACAAGACCUCUCUAGAGAGUUCCACAAAACUGUACAGAAAUAUGGACUCGACCUGCACCAGAGAGCGAAAUGGAUCAUUUCUGAGCUGAACUGUGCUACACAGAGCAUUGAAGAGGUUUGGUCUAAACUCAGCCAUGCUGUGAAGCACUCCAGACUUCCGACAUGCAAUGCCAAUUAUCAAAGAGACUUGUUCCAAAUCUGGGUGUACUGUGACAUAACAUACUGUGAAUAUAUAGGAAAGUUCUUGCUAGAAAAUUUCCAGCUCUCAGGGGAACUCACUUUAGCUGUUCAUAAACUAGGAGACAUUUUUAAACUGUAAUUAGUUAAACAUGAUAUUUUAUUAGUACAAGUGAUGAAAACUAAAACAUUAACUCCACAUUUGUGCAUUCGUUCAAAUAAAAACAAACAAACAAAAAGCAAAAAUGGUAAAAUUAAAAAAGUACUUUUUAAUGCUCCCGUUGAGAGCUUUAUUAUAAUGAUAUAUGAUAUAUUUAAAGCAUGAUGCUGGGUGGUACAUCAUCAUAUCCUUUUUUAAAGCAGUUUUAAAUUCCUGAUUUACUGUAUUGUCUGUCUGCUAUGAAUUGUAAAACAUUUUUAAUAAAAAUUAUUAUUUUUUAAA